AUGCCAAAGCGAAAGCUCGUGGAAUUGACGCUCGAGAGGAAGAAAGAAGUUCUCGACAGGCUGUACGGAGGAGCAACGUGCAGGCAAGUGGCGGAGGAAUUUAAAAUUUCCAAGUCAACAGUGUCCAAAAUCGGUACGAGCCGAGAUGAGAUCUUAUGCGCUUGGGAGCAGAACUCCAGCAGCAAGAGGAAAAGGAUCAUCAGGAAGACGGGCAACGAGAGCGUGAACAAUAAGGUGCUCCACUUCUUUUUUGAUUGCCGAUCAAAAAACAUUCCCGUUUCCGGCCCAAUGUUGCAAGAAGCAGCGUUAGCGGCGGCAAGGAGUGAAGGUGUGCACGAAUUUAAAGCAAGCAAUGGGUGGCUUGCAAGGUUCCGAGAAAGACAUGCCACUGAAUGCAAGUCACUCAGUAGAGAAGCAGCUGAGAUUGACACCAGGGCAGCCGAAGAAUGGCUUAAAAGGGUUCCGGAUGUCACUCGUGGUUAUGAAGCGAAAGACAUCUUCAACGCAGACGAAACUGCACUCUUCUACAGACAAAUUCCGAAGAGGUCCCUUGUUACAAAGGUCGACAAGUGCAAAGGUGGGAAACUUGCGAAGGAACGUUUGAGCGUUUUGCUAUGCUGCAGUUCUACAGGAGAGAAGCUGAAGCCUUUGGUGAUAGGACACGCAGCGUAUCCGAGGGCAUUCAGGCAACGCAAGAUCCAUCCCUCCAAUUUGCCUGUCCAUUGGUUUUUUUAA